AAGAUCAGCUCCGAAUCGUUUUUCAGACGUUCGACAAGUAACAGCGACACGUCACCGUUCCACGAUGAGGAAAGAUCUACUUUUAAUUACAUUGCUGAGCGUAAUCUCUCUGAGAGAAAUUUUCGGGAAACCGACGGAACUCGCAACAAGUCCAGAUACGUUGGAUCCCGCUGCUGUGGCUGCGAAAGACUCGUCGGAAACAGACACCACGCGGGAGCAAAGGUCGCCACUGUUCGGUUUAUCAGGCGAUUAUGACGACUAUUCCGAUUACGACGAUGGUUUGCGUCAUUAUCAUUUCGGACACAAAAGAAAACUUCAUAAACCGCACAAGCCUUUCGGUCUUAUCGGAGGAUACGGAUGUCGCGGUUACGGCUGCGGAGGGUACGGCGGCGGCCACUACCACGGCGGGCAAGGAGGUUCCUUCGCAACAGCAUCGGCGGGAUCAGUAGGCGGAGGCGGAGGUCCUUACGGAGGACACAGCCAAGCGAACGCGCAGAGCGCGAGCUUCAACUUCGGCCCGUACUCGGCCACGUUCAGCGUCGCUCAGUCCUCGUCAGGACGCGGAAGAUACUAAACUUCCGCAGAAGUCCCAGCAAGCUACGCGGAUUCACCCCGAAAAACGUCCCUAAUUUAUUUCAUCGUCAUCGGGCCCCGCGCCAUCAACGUGGGCCCAUUGUUUACAAACAUUCUACGUCACUAGACGCAAGCAAAUAAGCCUAACCGCGUGCGCGUCAAAGCAGGACGAGCCGCCACCCCCUUGCCUCCUGAGAGAUUUCCUGAGAGAGCAAGUUUCCUUUGUCCGCAUGCCAGCCACCAGAUGUUCCUGAAAAUAAAACCGACAAAAUAUCGCGAGGUAGCGCCGUGCGAUUCGCGUGCGAGCGACAAGGACCGAGGACAAACCCGACAAGAGAGCGACAAGGAUGAAGAGAGGGAUCGAGGAACGACGAGGAGGAGGAGGAGGAGGAGGAGGAGGUCGACGACGACGACGAUGAUGACGACGACCACGAUGAAGAGGAGAGGAGGAGGAGGAGGAAAAGAAGAAGAAGAGAUGAGGCCGCGAGACGGAGGGUAAAGCUGGAUAAACGUCAUAAAGGGAUAGGAAGCCAAAAGGAGGAGGGCCCUGUAAAGAGCGAAGGGCCUGAAAUCGAGAUUCGAAAAGCCCCGUGCAAUGACCGGCCGAUCCUUCGCACACGCGAUCCUCGCUGGAUCCUUCGAUUCACGAUACUCUGCUCGUUCCUCCUCUCUUUCUCUCUCCCUUCCCCUUGCUCUCUUUCUUUCGAAGAGGACGCACCUCCAGAAGGAGCGGUGCCCUGUCGAGGACGAACGCAUAGGAUGUGCUCGUCGAUGAGCGUCGCCGGCCUAUUUAUAGCGAAAGAGAGACUUUCUCAUUCUAAUCUUAUAAUUUAGUUAAUUAUUUAGAUGUAUCGCGGAGUGAUUUGUAAGAGGAAAGAAUGAUUCCCGAGGAGAACAAACGGAACGGGAGUUUAUGUAAAUUUGCUUAUGUAAGCCGAUGGAUCAGAGUUACUCGUGUAGCCGACGUGUUCGCUGAGAAAGCGAAUUCUUUUGCCCGUGCCAUUUGCAUAAAACGCUUGUAAAAGGGCAAGUAAGUGUCCCGCCGAACGGAGUUCGCACGAUUCGAGUCUUUGUUUAAUUACAUGUAAUGCCAAUAAUAAAUCACCGCGAUUGCGCUUCUCAUGUGCGUUCUCGCGAGUUUGCACAUCCGCCGUAUUCUCAUUAUCCGUUGCAUUUCUUCGUGACGAAACAAUCGCGAUGGGAACGCUCAGCCAUAGCGGCGGCCAGAAGCUCGAGGAGACGCUCGAGGAAUUACUUUAAUUCUGAGAAAUUACGCUCGCUCGUUAAGUUUCUGCUUUGAUGUUAACUGCUGCUUACCAGACGAGCUACCCUGUUAUUUUGCAAAGCACGAAGCACCGUUCGACGCGUGUUAUCCUUCGCGCCGCGAGAUCGUCCGGAGAUGCACAAAGACCGUGGCAAAGAGUCCGUGAGAGAAGGAGGGGGGUGGAGAAAGGAAGGGGGAGGGAG